AGAUUCAGUAUUAGUCGUGAAAGAAUUUUGAUAAGAGACGUCACAGAAUCGUACAAUUAGUCAAAAGUUUUUAAAGAUAAAUAAUUUAUUGCUAGCGUUCAUUAAAAAAAGCUAUAUCGCAUUGCGUAGAAUUGGUAUCCGUUAUUGAUAGAAGUGUCAUAAUUGUAUAAAUUGUGUUUUUAAUACGUAUUACUGAAUUGAAAAGUAGUUGCCUUAUAUGUGCGCUUUUAAAAGAAUAGCAUAGGAUACUUCGAACCGAGGCUGAGGGUUCGUUCAGGGUCUGACUGAAUGGUCUGUAAAUUGUGAAAAACAUGCCUCUGUUCGGAAAGUCUCAAAAGAGUCCGGCGGAGGUGGUAAAAGCUCUUAAGGAAGCAGUAAAUGCAUUGGAGCUUGGUGAUAAGAAGGUACAAAAGGCUCAAGAGGAUGUCAGUAAAAAUUUGGUACAUAUAAAAAAUAUGCUAUAUGGUACAGCUGAAACAGAGCCUCAAGCAGACAUUGUUGUUGCCCAAUUGGCACAAGAAUUGUAUAAUAGUAAUUUGUUGCUUCUACUUGUGCAAAAUCUUAGUCGCAUAGAUUUUGAGGUAUGUUUCAAGAUAUUAAUUCAGAAUACUAUAAUAAAUUAUCUUCAACAGUUUUUCAUUAGCAGUAGUACAACAACACAAGGAAAGAAAGAUGUCGCUCAAGUAUUUAAUAAUAUAUUACGAAGACAAAUUGGAACUAGAUCUCCAACAGUAGAAUAUAUAUGUACUAAGCCAGAAAUAUUAUUUACUCUUAUGUCUGGGUAUGAACACCAAGACAUUGCUUUAAAUUGUGGCACUAUGUUAAGAGAAUGUGCAAGAUACGAGGCCUUGGCAAAAAUAAUGAUUUACUCGGACGACUUUUACAAUUUUUUCAGAUAUGUUGAAGUAUCAACAUUCGACAUAGCUUCCGACGCGUUUUCUACGUUCAAAGAAUUACUUACCAGGCAUAAAAUACUGAGCGCUGAGUUUUUAGAAAUUAAUUACGAUAAAGUUUUCUCUCAUUAUCAAAGGUUAUUGAAUUCUGAAAACUAUGUUACGCGACGACAGAGUUUGAAACUGCUAGGGGAGCUUUUACUCGAUAGACAUAAUUUUACCGUAAUGACACGAUAUAUUUCGAAUCCAGAUAAUUUAAAAUUGAUGAUGAACAUGCUCAAAGAAAAAUCGCGUAAUAUACAAUUCGAGGCGUUUCAUGUUUUUAAGGUAUUUGUGGCAAAUCCAAAUAAACCAAAACCGAUCUUAGAUAUAUUAUUGCGCAAUCAGGAAAAAUUAAUUGAAUUCCUAACGCGCUUCCAUACUGAUCGUUUCGAAGACGAACAGUUCAACGACGAGAAGGCGUACCUUAUUAAGCAGAUAAAAGAACUUAAAUCUGUACAUGAGAAUUAAGUCCAAAAUACAAGUUAUUGCUACAGCUA